UCUUGUGUGUAUUUCCGCGUUCCCGACGAUCGCGCCGUUAUCAAUGACUGUCCAUGGGGUUGUGCAGGGCUUUAUCUAAAGCAUCAUUGCUGUUUUCAGCGUCCUCCCUUGCAGCUGCGGCUGUUGUCUCCCGUCUGAAUGAAUGACGCUUUAACCAUCUGAGGGCCUCCUCCUCCUGCUGCGCCUCUUAUUCUCCAUCGAGCCUGUCGUCGACCAGCUUGGCCGAGCUGGGGGGCAAUCCGGGGAAAGGGAGCCGCGGCGCCGCGCACCGGGCGACGGACGCCCCGCCGCCGCGACGCGCCACCAACAUGCUCACCCGGGUCAAGUCCGCCGUGGCCGGGUUCAUGGGUGGAAUCGUGACCGGGGGCAGCUCCGGUGGAGGGGGGAACACCGGGUCCGAGCUGCCGCUGAAAUUCCCAUAUAUGAGACCUCAGUUCCUUGGACUGUCCCCGGAUGAGAUCGAGUGCUCCGCGGACCACAUAGCCCGGCCAAUCCUCAUCCUGAAGGAAACCAGGAGAUUACCGUGGGCCACCGGAUACGCUGAGGUGAUUAAUGCUGGUAAAAGUGCGCUGAAUGAGGACCAGGCCUGCUGCGAGGUGGUAGUAGCGAGAAGGAGGCCAAUGAGCUACUGCCCUGCCUCCACGCCAAGCAAGACCCCCACGGCCAAGAGAAGGAACUCCCUGCCCAACGGAGAGGGCCUGGGCCUCCGUAUGGACCACGGGAAGCUGGGAGAGGACAGUGAAGGACUUGUGUUCCACUACUGGGCCUUGUUCGACGGCCACGCUGGUUCCGGUGCUGCAGUUGUCGCCUCUCGCCUACUACAGCACCACAUCGCCUGCCAGCUCCAGGCCGUCAUCGAGAUCCUACGCAACCCAGCCUCCCUGCCUCCAACCGUCCUGGGCGAGGAGCCCGACAACAACCCCUACCUCCAGGGAAACACCCCAGGCCCUCACCGAGCCCUGAACCGGGCCGCUUCGCUGCGUGGGGCAGCCGGUGCGGCAGGUUCCCCGUGCAGCACCCCGCCUCCACCGCGCUUCUUUACUGAGAAGAAGGUCCAGCAUGAGAGCUUGGUGAUAGGAGCCAUAGAGAACGCCUUCAAAGAGAUGGAUGCCCAAAUUGAGAAGGAGAAGCAAGUCUGUAACAUCACAGGAGGAUGUACAGCUCUCACUGUGGUUUACCUGCUAGGGAAACUGUACGUUGGGAAUGCAGGUGACAGCAGGGCUAUCAUCAUUAGAAACAAUGAGAUCAUUCCCAUGUCGACGGAGUUCACGCCAGAGUCCGAACGACAGCGACUCCAGUUCCUGGGUUUUAUGCAGCCUCACCUGUUAGGAAAUGAGUUCACGCACCUUGAAUUUCCCCGGAGAGUUCAGAGGAAGGAGGUGGGCAAGAGGAUGCUCUACAGAGAUUUCACCAUGAAUGGAUGGGCAUACAAGACCAUUGAGGAUGAAGAUCUCAAAUUUCCACUUAUAUAUGGGGAAGGGAAAAAGGCACGGGUGUUGGCCACCAUUGGUGUGACCCGCGGGCUCGGUGACCAUGACCUCAAAGUUCAUGACUCCAACAUCUACAUCAAACCGUUCCUUUCCUGUUGCCCUGAGGUUAAGGUAUAUAACCUGACGCAGUACGAGCAUGGGGCUGAUGAUGUCCUGGUAAUGGGAACCGACGGCCUCUGGGACGUCCUCUCCAACCAGGAAGUAGCCGAAGCCGUCACCACAUUCCUAGCCAACUGUGACCCUGAUGACUUGCACAGGUAUACAAUGGCAGCCCAAGACCUGGUGAUGCGAGCACGUGGUGUGCUGAGGGACCGAGGAUGGAGGAUCACCAAUGAGCGUCUGGGCUCCGGAGAUGACAUCUCAGCCUUCAUCAUACCGCUGAUGUAUGGCAACCGUCAGCCCUGAGGAGCCCGACAGAGAUGCUGCAGUUCAAGGACCUGUUGGAUCUUAAACCAACAGGAUUGAUUCAUCAUGAACUGAGAAUCCCCUUCCAGUUUCCUCAGUGCCGUUUGCACAUUUCUUUUCUUCUACAGAUAUACAAAUAUUUGGAUAUUUAGAUUUCUUGGUGUUUCAUAUCUCUAUAGGAGUUCAGACAUGGUCAGUCACCAGAUUUGGCUGCUCAGGGAAACUAGUUUAUUUAUUAUAUCUCAAAAGUCAGAAAAAAACAUGUGUCAUGAAUCAAGCAUGUCAACAAGGUAUUUGGCUUGUUUAAAGUUGAUAAAAAUUAUGGAGGUAAAAUCUUGAAGGUUAGUGAGAGCAGCUCCAUAGGAUGAUGGAGGUUGACUUCCCCUGAACUUCUGCAGAGAUGUGAAAGCUGAACUAGGCGAAUGCUCUUCCAAAGUGAAGAAAAGCGCUCUUUGUGUCCUUCUUACCUCUCUUGCAGUGCUCUACAUGCUCCUCUUCCUUCUAUUUUACUCCCCCUCUCUUCUCCUAUACUGUACAGUCAACUUGUUUAUAAAAAAAAAAACUCCUUUGUCUUGUGACCAUGGACCGAGCUGACAGGUCAGCUGCGUUUUCUGUUUGGCCACAGUGUGGCCUUGAAGGAUUCACUUGCUGAUGAACUGCUUCUAGAUUGCUUUUUUUGGGGUUGGUGGUGGGGCAAGGAGAUGAAGUUAACCAAGGCAGAUCAAGAAUUAGUUUGACUGUGGAGUGAGAACAUUUGAGCCUGUAUCAACAGUGGGGACAUAGCUUGAUUUGGUUUAAACUAACGCAUUAUAUCUCAUUUGUUUAAUCUGUACGAAAAAACAUCGGCAAGUGGUGUUUUACGGGGUGGUUACAUACACUGUAAAACCACAAAAAGAACCACUCCCAUGUCUGUACGAGUAAAAAUGAAGCUACAGACAGCAGCCGGUUAGUUUAGCUUAUCAUAAAGACUGGAAAAGGGUGAAACUCUGUCCAAAGGUAACAAAAUCUGCCUACCAGCACCUAAAGCUCACUAAUUAACAUGUAAUAUGUCUGUUUAAUAUGUACAAAAACCAAAGUGUAAAACAACAUGUUUUAUACAACAUGUUAAUUACAGCAACUUCUAAGCUAACCUACUGUAAGCUAACCUACUGUAAGCUAACCUACUGUAAGCUAACCUACAGUAAGAUAAUCCUGGCAGUAAAGAUUCUGGCUGUUGCUACCUAUUUAAUGUACAGAGAGUGGCAUCAGUCGUCUUAUCUAACUCUCGCCAAGAAAGUGAUUAACCUUGUUUUCCAAAAUGUCAACCAAUUCCUUUAAGGAAAUUUUUUACACAGGCUAAACUGUACACUGGGGGACUUGGCAUUUGUGGAAAUCGAAGUUUUUCAAGAAAUCCCUGACACGCUUAGCUAAAUGCCUGUUCUGAAAAAUAACCCCAUAAGA